GGCGGGUGAGUUAUUGGGUUUUCUUCAGAAUUGAUGGUGAACUCGGGUUACUCAUAGAGUAUUCUGUUUGGUCCGGUAGGUGUCCUUAGAGUGCUCGAGAAUCAAUUAUGUUGGCCUUUAAACAAAAAAAAAAAAAAAAGAUAAAUAAAGAAAUAAAGUAGUAGGUUAACAUUUAAAAACCCUAAAACCCUGUUUGAAUCCCAAAACUCUCACCCAAUCCUCACCUGUUUCCUUUUCGAUACUUCCAAAGCUUCCCAACGGCCCUCACAAAGACCAUCAUUCAUCGUUUUGAUCGAAAUUUGUAAUCAUCGACUCAUAUAUAUCUAUCUAUACCUUCAUACACACCACCUUCAAACAUUGCUCCACAUUUCCCCUGAUCGGAGAGGUUUAGGAUUGGAUUAUUGAAAUGACAACAAAUAUUACUAAUAUGCAUCUUGCUAUUGCAAAAGCCUCUGCCUUUUCUUCUCAUCAAGUGUCAAAGUCAAGCAUUGCAGAUUUCAGUAGUGGUGCGAAAGGUGCAUCAUGUGCAAAGCUUAGAAGCUCAUGUCACAUUGCUUCUACAAAAUUAUCAUCUCAAAAUGUUAAAUUUAGUGAUUCGAGAUUUGAAAGGGUGAUCACAAAAGCUGUGUCGGCUUCCAGUGACACAAAGCCCCUUCCAGGGCUGCCUGUUGAUUUAAGAGGGAAGAGGGCAUUCAUUGCGGGUAUAGCUGAUGAUAAUGGAUAUGGUUGGGCAAUAGCCAAAUCUCUAGCUGCUGCUGGUGCUGAGAUUCUUGUUGGCACGUGGGUCCCGGCACUUAACAUAUUUGAGACUAGUCUUCGAAGGGGAAAGUUUGACGAAUCACGUGUGUUGCCUGAUGGUUCGUUGAUGGAAAUUACUAAAGUGUACCCCUUAGAUGCCGUUUAUGAUACUCCUGAAGAUGUUCCUGAGGAUGUGAAAACAAACAAGCGUUAUGCGGGGUCCUCAAAGUGGACUGUUAAGGAAGUAGCCGAAUCUGUGAAAGAGGAUUUUGGAAGCAUCGACAUUCUUGUGCAUUCAUUAGCCAAUGGACCCGAGGUUAGCAAACCUCUCUUAGAAACAUCAAGGUAUGGGUAUCUUGCUGCCAUAUCAGCGUCAAGCUAUUCUUAUGUAUCUUUGCUUCAGCAUUUUGCCCCAAUAAUGAACCCAGGUGGUGCUUCAAUUUCUCUGACCUACAUUGCUUCUGAAAGGAUCAUACCAGGAUAUGGUGGAGGUAUGAGUUCAGCCAAGGCUGGUUUGGAGAGUGACACACAAGUUUUGGCAUUUGAAGCUGGAAGAAAACAUGGAAUCAGAGUCAACACGAUAUCUGCAGGACCACUAAGAAGUCGUGCUGCCAAGGCGAUCGGUUUUAUUGAUAUGAUGAUUGAUUACUCAUUAGAGAAUGCACCACUGCAAAAGGAAUUAUCAGCAGAGGAAGUGGGAAAUGCUGCUGCUUUUCUGGCAUCACCAUUGGCUUCAGCCAUCACCGGGGCGGUGUUGUAUGUAGACAACGGGCUGAAUGCAAUGGGAGUUGGAGUCGACAGCCCUGUAUUUAAGGAUCUUAACAUCCCAAGAGACCCCAAACAUUAAGGUAGUGAACAAGCACACCGUUUCUUCGGUUUUUCAAAUAAAGUUGUUUUGAGUUGCUUAAUUUGGGGUUCACAAUUUUACAUUGAAUUGAGAAAGUUGGUGGUUAAUUUUGACAUUGUUGAUUGUAAUGGUCAUAAUUUGUUGGCAUUUCUAGAGCUUGGUGGAAACAAAAAAACAAAAGAAAUUCAAUUGGUUGUGAUCCAUUUUCAUUUCUAA